UUCGGCUUCUUUUGCAUGUGUUUAUAUGAAGGAGAGCAUAAUAAUUUUCGCCAGAAACAGUGAAGUAGCCCAACAUCUCAAAUUGCCUCUCAUAUGGUGUAACCAUAAACUGAAUAGUGUACGAUUAAUAUCACAUGCAUCACUUUCAGUUAAGAGUUGGGACCAUAUGUCCUAGAUAAAUAGUGUUGCAUUUAUGUAGCUGUUUACUUCUUUUCAUUAAUAACUGAAAUGGUCUUGUAUCGAAUUUAUUCUACCUGGCUGGUCUUAAGUCUUUUCCCUCUUCUCCUAGAUUUUUACAUGUUUGAUUUUCUCUCCCAAAAAGUUUUUUUAUUUAUUUAAAUAAUGAUUGGGGGUGGAAAGGUAAAAUUCAAAACCAAAGCAAUAAAUGCAGAAUUGCUUGGAAAUUUGACCAAGGUCCUACUAAGGGGUGGAAAGUUCUCAUUCAAAAUCACAGAAGUCAUUAUAAUCUUAAAUGCAACUUUCUUUAACAAUAGUUUUCUAUUUAGUAGUUAAUUUGCAUUUGCCUUUGACUAAUUAAUAUCUUCCUUCAUGCUUUGGCAACAAGAAACACCUGUUGUUCCUAUAUUCUGUGACUAUAUAUAUAUUACAGACAUCACUCUUGCUGGUUAGCAUAGCUGAAAGAGAAGAUGGCUAAUACUUCUUCAGAGACAACUCUAGAAAGCACAGCAACAUGGGCUGUGGCAACAGUUUGCUUCAUAUUGGUUCUAAUCUCUAUUCUUAUUGAGCAUCUGCUGCAUCUUUUGACCAAGCAUUUCAAAAAGAAAAGGAGGAAGUACCUCACUGGGGCUCUUGAGAAGAUCAAAUCAGAAUUUAUGCUUCUGGGUUUCACAUCUUUGUUGCUAACUGUAAGCCAAAAACCAAUUGCAAAUAUCUGCAUUCCAAAAGGCGUAGGUGAAACUCUUCUUCCCUGCUCAAACAUGACUUUUGACGAUGCUCAGGAGGAAACCAAAUGUGCAAAGCAGGGGAAAGUAUCAUUGUUGUCAAGAAGUGGUGUCGGAGAGCUGCAAUACUUAAUCUUUCAUCUGGCUGUGACUCAUGUUAUCUCCUGCUUCCUUACCUUCACUCUUGGAAUGGCAAAGAUGAGACGUUGGGAGUCAUGGGAAGCAGAAACUAGAACAUUGGAGUAUGAAUUUUCAUAUGAUCCACGGAGGUUUCAUCUCACUCAUCAGACAUCAUUUGGGAAGCGGCAUCUUAACUACUGGAGUAACAACCCAGUUCUGUUCUGGCCUGUUUGUCUUCUUAGACAGUUCUAUAAAUCUGUCUCUAAGGUUGAUUACUUCACUCUUAGACAUGGAUUCAUCACGGCCCAUUUUGCUGAAGGAAGUAACUUUGACUUCCAAAAGUAUAUAAGACGAGCUUUGGAAAAGGAUUUUGGAGUGCUUGUGGGAAUAAGCUGGUGGAUUUGGCUAUUCUCAGCUCUGUACAUAUUCUUCAAUGCAAAUGUAUUCUACAGUCAUUUAUGGCUGCCUUUUAUUCCACUAAUGGUGCUUUUGUUGGUGGGAACAAAGCUACAAGGCAUCAUAACAGAAAUGUGCUUGGAAAGUCAUGGCAAGUCUCAUGUGGUCAGAGGAACUUUGCUUGUGAGGCCCAGUGAUCACUUUUUCUGGUUUCGAUGGCCCAACCUCCUUCUCCAUCUCAUCAGCUUCAUAUUGUUUCAGAAUUCAUUUCAACUGGCAUUUUUCACAUGGACUUGGAUUCGAUUCGGUAUCAGAUCAUGCUUCCAUCAAGAAACUGAGAAUAUUAUCAUAAGGGUUGUUUUGGGGGUUUCGGUACAAAUCCUCUGUGCCUAUGUGACACUGCCCCUUUAUGCUUUGGUAACUCAGAUGGGUACCUCCAUGAGCAAAGUUGUGUUCACAGAGAAUGUGAUUAGAGGCAUACACAUUUGGCAUGCUAAGGCUAAGAAGAACAUGGCUCUAAGGAAUCCAAACUCAGAACGCUCAACCCUGGAAACUUCGCCAUCUCUUCAAACUUCACUAGAAGCUUCACCUUCUUUCAGUCUUGAUGCAUCGUUCUCCAUUUUAGUGGAUCGUCCAUUAGAUGAUAAGUAUAUGGAUUAUGAAGAGAAAGUGAAUAACGAACAACAAGAAUCCGAGAAUCAAGGACGAAAGCCAGGUUCCUUUUACGGGUUUGACCUGCAAAAAGAGGGAAAGUAGACCAAUUAUGCUUUCUUUCUGGUCAUGAUUCUCAGAGAUACAAAGCUAUGUACAUGUGACUCCAUUUCACAAUAUUUAGAUAUUAGAAAAAGUUAGCAGUUAAUAUAGAAUGCGAUUUGUUGUAACUCUGUAUUUAAGAGUUCAAUGAUAAUUACCACAUUCGCAA